CUUGAGUGCAUAUUCUGUCAUUAUUGAGAAUCAUGCAUUGAAUAAACCAUAUGUUACACUAACUUGACCAAAUAUAUAUAGUGUAAGGGCAGCCAAGGUUGGCUUGCAUACUACAGAAAAUAUAUGGAGAGCCAAAGCCAACUUGAAGUUUCAAAUUCUGAGCAGGGAACCACCUUCAUCAAAACUUGUUUCAAUGGUAUCAACACUUUGACAGGUAUUGGAAUACUCUCAAUACCAUAUGCAGUUUCUCAAGGAGGGUGGUUGAGUUUCAUUCUGCUAAUUGUUUUUGCAAUGAUGUUUUGGUACACGGGGUUACUUCUACAGAGGUGUAUGAACAAGCAUCCACUAAUCAAAUCUUACCCUGACAUAGGUGAGGUUGCAUUUGGGCUAAGAGGAAGAGCUAUGAUCUCUACAUUCAUAUACAUAGAAUUGUUUUUAGUGGCCGUUGAGCUUCUGAUAUUGGAAGGCGACAAUCUAGAAAAAUUGUUUCCUCAUAUGAACUUCAAAAUUGGUAGCCUUAGAAUUGAAGGUAAAAGUGGUUUUGUGGUGCUAGCUGCUUUGGUCAUACUACCAACAACAUGGUUGAGAAGUUUGGGAGCUUUGGCUUAUGUUUCUCUUGGUGGGGUAAUGGUUUCUAUUGUUUUGAUUGGUUGUGUUGUGUGGGUGGGUGAAGUUGAUGGUGUUGGGUUUCAUGAAAGUGGCCAAUUAGUAAAUUGGGAGGGAUUGACUACUGCUGUGAGCCUUUUUGCAUUCUGUUACUGUGCACAUGGAGUGAUGCCCACAUUGAUAAACUCUAUGAACGAUAGAAGCCAGUUUGGCAAGGUUUUGAUUGUUUGCUUUGUAGCAAGCACUAUUAUCUAUGGAACCAUUGCUGUUUUAGGCUACGCAAUGUUUGGAGAUUAUUUGAUGUCUCAAAUAACCUUAAAUCUACCAUCAAAGAAAAUAAGUACUAAAUUAGCUAUUUAUAGCACAAUAAUCAAUCCUUUCACUAAGUAUGCUGUACUAAUCACCCCAAUAGCUAAUGCUAUUGAGGAAAAAUGGCUUCUCUGCAAAAGAAAGCCUAUUGCCAUUUUGGUUAGAACAACCAUUUUGGUCAGCACCGUGCUUAUGGCACUAUUCAUGCCGUUUUUCGGUUAUGUUAUGGCAUUUAUUGGUGCAUUUUUUAGCGUGACAAUCUCAUUGUUGUUCCCUUGCAUCUGUUACUUGAAGAUGAACAAAGCUGCUCGGCAAUUUGGGUUGGAGUUGAUCAUCAUAAUUGUAAUUCUCUUCGUAGGUAUAUUCAUUGGAAUAUUGGGUACCUAUCUUUCUGUGAGACACAUAGUGAAUCAUAUGAAGUUGUGUUCUUAAAACUUCUAUGAAACUAGUUCAACAGCUCUACUAAUUAUGUAUGGGUACCAGAUGUGAUAUAUAUUAACAUGCAUCGGGGAUGUAUUUGCAUAUAUACAUUCCUAGUUAAUUUACAUU